AUGCACAUUCCCCCCAGCCAAACUCUCCGAUCCGACAAAGAAGCCCCCGCGCAGAGUCCCGAGCAUCCAGACGGGGAGGGGGGGAACGCGCCUUUGGAGAGCGGCCAAGCCAAGGCGAAACCCGCCCUGCGUUUCCGCCCGUGGUUUCGCAGACGGACCGUUCCCGGCUGGCCAAAGCUGGAGAGAGGUAGUACAAUAAAUUAUCCCCCCUUCCCUUCCCCGCCGCUCCCCGCCAGCCGGACUCCGGGGGCCAGCCGCGGCCCCGCCCCGCGCACGUGCCUGGCGCAGAGAGCCGCAGCCGGCCCGGGAGAGGCAGCGCCGAGGGGGGGAUGCGGGGGGCGGCCCCGCGCCAGCCAGCCCUCCCGCACCGCCGCCCCUCUCCGGCUCCGGACGCGGAGCCCCAGCAGCAGCAGCAGCGCCGCCGCCGCCGCCGCCAUGGGCUCCCGGCUGAGCAGGCCCCCCAGCCCGCAGGAGGGGCGGCCGGGCCGCUCCCCGCUCGCCUCCUUGCUGCGCGGCUCCCCGCAGCUGCCCGCCGCGCUGCGGACGGCCAAGGCGGCGCCCUACGAGAGGCGGCUGCGCUGGAUCCGCGGCAUCCAGGCGGCCCUCGGCGCGCGCCAGCGGGACCAGGCGCUCCGCCUCCUCCGCCUGCUCCGCCAGGACCUUGGACUAGAAGGGACAUUCCUCAGUGAAGUUCUCUAUAAGAAUGCUGCCUUUCUCAACCUCGUGGAUCCCAUCUCUCAUGACCUCCUGAUGAGCCUAGCCAGAGAUUUGCAGUGCCCCAAGAAAGAAUAUGACCCUUGGAAGUCUGCAGAUCGGAUCUGCCGACAGCUGAUUUAUCACUUGACUCCUCAUUCAAAAUGGCACCAGCACAGCAUGCCCCGGCGGAAGUCACAGGCAAGUCUGAAGAACAGCUUACAGAAGAAGCUGAGCCAAGAUGCUAUGGAUCUGUCAGGGAUGCCUCUUUCCACACAGGACAUCCACCGCAUGGCCUAUUACCUGCAGAACCAUGGCCACAACCUCAACACAGUGGACCUGAGCUUCACAGACUUGAAUGAUGACAAGCUGCACCUUCUGCUUCCUUUUCUGUGGUCACUGCCCAGGCUCACCCAUCUCUCCCUCAACGGGAAUCGUCUGACCAAAGCCACUGUAAAAGAACUGACAGAUGCCAUGAAGGACAUGAACCAGUUCCCUUGCUUGGCCUGGAUUGACCUUGGCAACAACGUAGAUGUGUCUUCUAUGCCUCAGCCUCUGCUGGUUGGCUUGCGGAAGCGCCUCAAUUUGCAGACCACCCUGCCCACCAUCUACGAGUCCCUUGACAGUGAUUCUGAGCUCUCUACCAGCCCCAAGAUUGGCCAGCUAGAAGACAGGGAGGCAUCAGAAGCAGCAUUGCAAGCAGAAGAGGUGCAGCAAAAGGCUGAAGAAGAGUCGUGCAUCUUUCCCCAGCAGUCCUGUGAAAGGUGA